AUGACUGUUGCUGAUAACCCAUUCCCAGAAACUCAAGACUUAUUACAAGGUGUUCAAGUUAGAGCUAGAAUCCCUUCAAAUGCAAAACAUAUCUUAACUCCAGAUGCUUUAGCCUUUGUUGCUGUUCUACAUCGUUCUUUCAACAAGACAAGAUUACAACUUUUAUCAAACCGUCAAAUUGAACAAGCUAAAAGAGAUGAUGGUAUCUUGCCAAACUUCUUACCAGAAACCGCUUAUAUUAGAGAUGAUGCCAAUUGGAAAGGUCCUUCUUUAGGUCCAAAGUUACAAGAUCGUCGUACUGAAAUCACUGGUCCUUCUUCAAGAUCAAUGUUGAUCAAUGCCUUGAACGCUCAUGUUGCAACUUAUAUGUGUGAUUUAGAAGAUUCUGCCACUCCAACUUGGUUAAAUGUUAUUGAUGGCCAAGUCAACUUAUAUGAUGCUGUUCGUAAACAAAUUGAUUUCAAAAAGGGUAAUAAAGAAUACAAAUUGAAUUUAAACAAACAUAUCCCAACUUUAAUUGUUAGACCAAGAGGAUGGCAUUUAGAUGAAAAACAUAUCUUGGUUGAUAAUGAACCAGUUAGUGGUUCAAUUUUAGAUUUUGCUCUUUACUUCUAUCACAAUGCAAAAGAAUCAAUUGCUCAAGGGUUUGGUCCUUAUUUCUAUUUACCAAAAAUGGAACAUCAUUUAGAAGCUAAAUUAUGGAAUGAUAUCUUUAAUGUUUCUCAAGAUUAUAUCAAUAUUCCAAGAGGUACAGUUAGAGCCACUGUUUUAAUUGAAACUUUACCAGCUGCCUUCCAAAUGGAUGAAAUCAUCUAUCAACUACGUGACCAUUCCGCAGGUUUGAAUUGUGGUCGUUGGGAUUAUAUCUUCUCCUACAUUAAAUCUUUAAGAAAUCAUCCAGAAUUCAUCUUACCAGAUCGUUCUCAAGUUACAAUGAAUGUUGGUUUCAUGUCUUCAUAUGUCAAAUUAUUAAUUUACACUUGUCAUAAACGUCAAGUUCAUGCUAUGGGUGGUAUGGCUGCUCAAAUUCCAAUUAAGAAUGAUCCAAAAAGAAAUGAAAUUGCCAUGGAAAAUGUUAAAAAGGAUAAAUUACGUGAAUUUAAUGCAGGUCAUGAUGGUACUUGGAUUGCUCAUCCUGCCUUAGCUGAAAUUGCUAAUGAAAUUUUCAAAAAAAUGUUGACACCAAAUCAAAUCAAUUCUCCAAAAGGUAUUGAAAAUUAUAAACCAAUCACUCAAAGAGAUUUAUUAAGUCCUUUUGUUGAAGGUGGUAAAAUCACUGAAGAUGGUAUUAAGGCUAAUUUAGUUAUUGGAUUAAGUUAUAUUGAAGCUUGGUUACGUGGUAUUGGUUGUGUCCCAAUUAAUUACUUAAUGGAAGAUGCAGCAACUGCUGAAGUUUCAAGAUCUCAAUUAUAUCAAUGGGUUCAUCAUGCAGCCAAGACUGAUAAAGGUGUUACUAUUACUCCUGAAUAUACUUCAAAAUUAUUAAAAGAAGUUGUUGAAGGUUUAGCUAAAAAUGCUAAAUCUGGUCAUAAAUUUUAUGAAGCUGCCAAUUAUUUCAAAGAUGAUGUUACUGGUAAGAAAUACCAUGAUUUCUUGACAACUUUGAUUUAUGAUGAUGUUACCACUAUUGAAAGAGCUCAACCAGCUACUAAAUUAUAA